GAAUCAGCGCUUUAAGACACGAACACGGAAGUAAGAGGGAAGCUCCCUCUUKUUUCGGUGUCGUCCUUCGUUUGUUUCUGAUGAACCUUCAACAUCAGUGUCGUGCACACCAGAUGUCCCUGGUUUCAUUUUCAUAUGGACGCUACAAUGCCGAGUCAAGGGUAGAACCAGUCAAGAGCGACAAGUAAAGGACAUCUCAUCCACCAUGGGGAACAGAUCAUCAAAGGCUAUCAGUGGAGAGGAACCAGUUAAAACAACUUUAUUUGAAAGGGAGCCCAGUGGGAUAACAUACAGGAUUCCUGCUCUCCUCUACCUGAGGCACUGUCACACCUUCCUCGCCUUUGCUGAGAAAAGGACAUCAUCUUGUGACCAYGACGCCAAGAUUCUGGUUAUGAGAAGAGGACUGCUGAAAGAUGAUGGAUCUGUUCAGUGGUCAUCCAGUGAGGAACUUUCAAUGGCGUGUCUUCCAAAUUACCGCACCAUGAACCCCUGCCCGGUGUACGAGAAAAACAGCAAAACCCUGUUUCUUUUUUUCAUCUGUAUUUUGGGAAACACCACAGAGAUAAAGCAGAUCGUCACAGGUAAGAACAGGGCCUGUCUUUGCUACGUUAGCAGCAGUGACGACGGGCGAACUUGGAGCAAUGUUACGGACCUAACGGAGGGCGUGAUUGGGGACGCUGUCCACAAAUGGGCCACAUUCGCUGUGGGCCCCGGCCACGGCGUUCAGCUGGAGGGGGGCAGGCUGAUCGUCCCUGCGUAUGCCUAUUACAUCCCCUACAGGUGCUGCUCCUUCCCCGUUCCCUUUACAGUGUACCCACGCUCAUUCACGGUUUACAGUGAGGACUUUGGGAAAACGUGGCGGGUCGGCAAGAUGCUCCAAAAGAAGUCUUGCGAAUGCGAGAUGGCAGAGAUCAUAGACCACGAGGGCAGGAGCCAUCUUUACUGCAACGCUCGUCACAGCGGGGGUCACAGGUGCGAGGCCCUGAGCGAGAACAGCGGGGUCUACUUCGACAAGCCCCACGUGGCCUCUGAGCUCGUGGAACAACCCUCCGGCUGUCAGGGCAGCGUCGUCGGCUUCCCCGCCCCCGAAUUCGUCCCCAACGACGACGCGGAAAGCAAGGCGUGCGGCACGUCCCUGUUGUCGCCGGACACGCAAACCUGGCUCCUCUUCACACACCCGACCAACAAGUCCAGUCGAAGGGACAUGGGGGUGUACUUGAACCGGUCGCCCCUGCACUCGUCCGGAUGGGACAGGCCCAGGAUCAUCCACAGGGGUCCCAGCGGGUACUCAGACCUGGCCUACAAUGUGGACAAAGAUCAGUUUUCCUGCCUGAUGGAAUGCGGGAAAGAAAGUGAAAUAGAGCAGAUUGCGUUCACCACGUUCUCUCUCAACGAUGUCAUGCAGACAGGCAGCCGGAAAGACAAGAAGACCCUCUGAUUUGUGGUUGCUUUAAUAUUCAAAUUGCCCCUCAAGAAUCCAAGCGAAUCCCACCCUUAGUCUGCUGUGCAGUCACAUCCAUCUGUGUUCAUUAUUGUUCCACGUUCUGGAGAUGGUAAUGCAUGCAUGAGUCAUGUGUUUUAUUGUCUCAUCGUUCACAAGAAUAAAUUAAGUACAUAUUAUGCAAGUGUCUAUAUUAAAAAAGAAACUAUUUUUAGAKGUUAGAUGGUUGAUUUUAAGCAUGCUGUGUUGGAUAGUCAUUUUAUUUUUUACACCAGGCUUUGAGCGUGGCUCGUUUGAUUAGCACUUCACAGGCGUUUCCAUAUCUUAUUGAACUGUCAGUCUUUUCUGAGCGGCGAAGCRAAUCAGCCUACCUCUUUAUUUUCAUCGUACAGGCCUUUUAAAGUAGAGUGCAGAGUUCCCUCCUCUUUUUCUUUUUUGGCGUUUUGUGUCCUCUACUCCACGUAUGCCUUCGUACACAGGCUGCUGUCGGUGCAAAAGCCUGCACAGGUCGCAUCGAGUGCCAUAAAUCAAUCAAUAAAACUAGUGAAGAAAGGUACGCUUUCCUUUAAACCUUCAGCUUAUAAUGCUCAAACUGAUCCAUAUCUUGGAGCUUUGAAAGCAGCUCACGGUUUAAAAACCAGCACUGAGAGUAAAGCACGAUGCUGUAAGGUCAAUUCUAAAGGGCUUUGUUUGCCAGGUUAAAGAUUUUGGAUCUGACUCUGGAAUUUAAAGGGGGGUGUUGGAGGGAAGCUAUAAUCAGAGAUAUGUACUCUCUUGUGAGUUAGAAUUCUUGGUGCUGUGAUUUAGAUCAGCAUUUAGUGGUCAUUCUGCACAUAUCAUGUCAUCACCACGAUUAAAACGUUUUCUGGUUUUACCAGUGUUGCACAGACGAAGACUUGUUAAUAUUUAUUAUUUUUAAAGUUAAAAGUAUGUGGUAGUAAAAAAAGAUAAAAGAAUACCAGUCAGAUUAGUUGUACCAUUAGGUGUCUAUGACCAAAUGUAUCUGUUGAGUGUUUAGCAGUGCAAAGUUUCGAGGUCACACCACUCUAAUCUACACAACGUUGGGUACUAUUGCCUAAAUUAAGCAUGUCUAAGUGUCCUAGUGUAGAACUCUGUGGAUACACAAAGAACAGGGACCUUGACGGAGGUCAAGAAGAUCGGAGCCCUGAAACUAACAAGCUGAAACUGUGACAAUUUACCCAAGGUCUCGAAAUGGAUUUUGGAAUGGUACUGAAUCCACUAGGACACAUUUUACUCAUUCUUUUGUAAAAUUCUGCACGUUUGCUCAUCCUGGUGGGUGUCAAUAGUUGCACCACAAAUUGUCUGMCAAUGUGCUGCAACUAUUUUUGUAAAUUUUCUUUAAAAAUGUCAUCUUAAUGUUAAUUAUAGUUAAAUCCUGAAGCUAAAUUCAGAUUACAGAGUGGGUUUUUUAUAGAUGGGGUAAAUCACAUUAUUAUAAUUAUUUUAAUUGUUUUGUUGAUCAAAAGCUGUUUUACUGUUAAUAGGGACAAACUGGACUUUAUAUUAUAAUUAUAAAAAAUGCUUCUUUAUGAUGAGUUCAAAACUACKUAAAGUUAAAACAUCUCAUCAAUUUUGUUUUCAUUUUUUUGCCUGAAAAUAUUAACGGAUAUAAGGUGAUUAGCUUAUUCACUCAUUUUUACUCUGCAAGAUAGAUMAUAUUUAUUUGUUUAAGCAACGGUCCUCUAAGAUAAUUUAUUAAUUUUUUAUCUAUAUAUUUCUAGCACUUGCAUCCAAAAUACUUUUUAUUUUAUUGUUUUCAAAUAUGUGUGGGACUGUGAUGCAGAUACAAUAAGCUUUCUACACUGGAAUGAAAAGAUGUCACUAGUUUUUAAAAGCCACUUGGAAUUUGCACAUACCGUACAGACUUUAAACUCCUAUUUGCCUAUUUCUAAUGAGGAAAAAAAAAAUGCCUCAAAUGUGGUCCUGUUCUAGCUUAAAUGUGUUUCCAUUAACUGUUGUGGACAAAAUCUGCAUGCAACAUGUAUUUUAGUAAAAAAUAAAUAAAUGAAUAAAAUAAUUCUGUGAUCAUU